AACAUAUUCAAUCGGUCAACACGUGUUUGGUGUUUCAGACAUCAGACUUCAGUGUCUGUGUUUAAUAUUAAUUAUUCUACCGUUAAUCGUUUGUGUGUUUACUGUUAUUUGGGUAUUAAUUAUUAAACAUUACAACAAUGACGAGUUUUAUUCCAUGUGUGAAAUGGGUAAAACAAGGUGUGUCGUUACAUCAAAAUACGAUAAAAUUAUCUCAACAAGAAUUAAAAGAACUAACAGAAACCAAACCCAAAGAAAAAGAGCUAAGUAAAAGUGACAAAAAAGACUAUGGUUUAGAAAAUUAUGACGAAGAAGAAAUGGAUAUGUCUGGAGCUAUGUCCAUUGGUGGUUUGGCCGUAUAUAAUAAUAAUGAGUUUAAUGAUUCCGAUAACGACAGUGACAAGCUUGAUGAAAUACUCAAACCGGACGACAAUCUUGUAUUAGUAGGCAAUGUUAAAAAAACAGAGUGCUCGCUAGAAAUUUAUGUUUAUAAUGGCAAUGACAAAGAUUUUUACAUUCAUCACGACAUCAUUUUGAAGCAUCCACCUCUAUGUUUGGAAUGGUUUGGUUCCGUUGGAAAUUUCUGUGCUUUGGGAUCCAUGUCUGCCAUGAUAGAAGUUUGGGAUUUAGAUUUGAUCGGGUGUUUGGAACCCACAUAUAGAUUGGGUAGAAAAAAGAAAAAAAAUCCCGAAAAAAAUUAUGGUCAUACUGAUGCUAUCUUAGAUAUAUCGUGGAAUGAACAUUUACCUCAUAUACUUGCCAGUGGUUCAGUAGAUGAGACUACCUUACUUUGGGAUUUAGAAACAAAUGAACCUCAUACAAGAAUGGAAAAUUUUGGAGAUCAUGUUCAAUCACUUAAAUGGCAUCCAUUUGAAUCACAGACACUUGCAGUUGGUUCUUCAGAUUUUUAUGUUUAUGAUUGUCGCACUUAUGAUACAUAUAAAAAUUGGAAUGUUAAAGGUAAAGUAGAAAAAGUUCAUUGGGAUCCGUCCAAUGGAUUCUUGUGUUACAUUGGUACUGAUAGAGGUAAACUAAUUUGCUAUGAUUGUCGAGCUGAUAAACCGCUGUGGAAGUAUAAUGGUCAUGAGAAUGAAAUCACUGGAAUUUAUGUCUGGGAGAAAUUUAUUGUUAGCUCUUCAACAGAUGAAACCUUAAAAGUAUGGGAUAGAGAGAAUAAACACUUAAUUAAAAUUAGAGAAUUUUCUGGUGCUUUGCAUAGUUUAGAUGGAAGUACUGAUAACCCAUCUUUAGUGGCUGUUGGUGGAAGUGGUACUUCUAAGUUUCAAUUAUUUGAUAUUAAUGAUUUUAGUUUAAAAACAUGUUAAUUUUAAUAAAAUAAAUUUUUAAAAAAGUUUUGUUAAUGUUAUUUGUAAUAAUGAUUGCUCCUUAUAUUGUCUCCAGACAUUUACAAAUUGGUCAUAAUCCAUAUUUUGAUUGUCUAGCUAUUACUGAACUGUGAACAUAGAAAACGUGUUGGACUGAAAAACUCGUCCUAUUAUCUGUCGACACUAUCACAGAUUAUAUUAAAUUAUUUUAUUUAAUCUGUGGCACUAUAUUGAUUUCUUUUGUUUAUUCUUUAUUUGAAAAAUAACAGAUUCAUUAUUACUAAGAAUUUUAUUUUUGUUUGUAUGAUUCUAAUGAAAAUAUAGCUCGGCUACCAAUAGGAACAAAUAGUCUGAUAACGAAUAUGUGAUAAGAAUUACGAACGGUUCAAAACAAACCGUUAUCACGGUUCACCCCAUUUAAAUUACACAGGCAAGAAAUAAUUUGAACUAGAUAUUCAUUUUUAAUAUAUUUCUGUUCAAUUCUUAGCCUAAUGACCAUUCAUUAUUUAAAAUAUACACGUUUUGACAAAUUUUAAUUCAAUAACCUUGAAGAUUGGUGUAUUUGUUCGUGAGAAAAUCGAAUUUUAUAAAUGUAAAUAUUGAAGCAGAACAAUAUUGCGUAUAGUCGUAUAGACUAUCAGCUAAUACUUCAAUAAGUAAAAGUUAAGUCUACCCAAUGACAAAAAUUAAAUAUUUGUUCUUUACUUGUUUUUAGUUUUAUAAAUUUAUAAAUAUGGUUCAGUGUUGGGUUCCGUUAUGUUCCCAUAUUUCUAAUAGAGAAGACUGUAAGUUUUUUAGGUUCCCUGCAAAUGAUGCACUACGCAAUAAUUGGGCCAAAGCAGUAAGGUAGGAUCUUGUUAACUUUAGUUCAAUUUUUAUACUAUAUCAAAAUAAUAUAUUAUUUACUAUUUAUAUUGGUAACAUUUCCUUGUUAUUAAUGUAGAAGAUCAGAUGCUAUACCCACAAAAAACACAAAAAUUUGCAAUUGUCAUUUUAAGGAAGGAUUAAAAAUCAAUGGUCCUAGUAUUUUUUCGUGGAAUAAAAAUUCACAUUUUAAUUUUGCUUCUCCAGAAAAAUGCACAA